AUGCAAUUGCUGUUCAUAGAGUACAUCGUCUUAUUCCUUGCGGCGCUAGGGUAUUCACAACAUGCGAAGCCCUACUGCUCGCGACAACCUCAUUCUCUGCCUCCGGAUUCCCAAGUGCUGAAGCAUUACCCAUGCGAAGCGGGUGGCGCAAGGCGUGCUCUGUAUCUUGUGCGCAACAUUGUUGGUGUAUACCAUGACAUGCUUCGCCUUGGACCGAGCGACCGUUGGGCCAGUUUUCAGUUGAUGUCCGUGGUUCUCAGGCUGGCUGCGAGGUUGACCCUCCCUGCGAAAAUGUUCCAGUUUUUCGUAACCUCGCUCCUGAGUCAGCUGCAUCGUGUGAUACCGCUGAGCUACCUGUUAGCGUGGUACCUGACCACGCAUCCCGCACUGGACUUCCUAUCCAACCUCGUCUUCCCGGUAAACCCCGUCUCAGAGUGCAUCUAUGGCGCGACCAACAUGAUGCUGGUUACAGCCAUUUGGUGGAGGUACGGCCACCUCGCAGCCACCACAGCUGCAGCUACAGCCGCCGCGACUUUUUGCGCAGAGGGCACGGAUCUCUGCAGCGGCGGAGCCCCCUCCUCCCUGUCAGGCGCCAGCAGCGCCGCUUUCACGGUUCCAGCGCACGACGACGCCCUUGCCGCCGCUGCGUCACCUGGGACCUGGGUUAUCAGCAACCCAAAUGCCGCGGCACACAGCGGCGCGUCAUCCUACUAUCUCGGGACUUGUCUGACGGCCCAGCUGCUCAUGAGUGCGGCAUGCACUAUCGCUACGCUGUUGCUUGAGCGAUGGCGGGGCUCGGCGCGUUCAGAUUCUGAUGUCGCAGCCGUGGUUAUGGUCGCAGCGCGGCGGCAUGCGCACACGCCCUGGGGCCCACCCUGCACGCAGGAGGAGGAGGACCCGGCGGAGUGUGAUGCCGAUAAUGCAGAAGUGAGCAGGGCCGGCGCUGAUGCCGCCGGCAGCUCCACUUCGGCAGCUGGAGCUGGUAAGCUCGACGGAAUGGCUCAAGAGGAUUGCGUUGGCGGUGAUGACGAUCGAGGCCGCCUCCAUAGCGACAUUGGAACCGGCGGCAUCAGUAUGGUGGGGCCGCUGGCUGCUGGUGGGGCUUCCGGGCCCGUGCUUAAUGAUGCUGCCACCGGACAGCAGCCCCAUGUGGCGGGCAAGCAGCUCCCUGCAGCAGUGAGGGGGCUCCUGCCUUCAGCGGCAGACACGGCUGCUGAUUACCAGGACGUCCCUAUCAGUGCUGAUGAUGUGGUUGCUGACAGCGGCGGUCCAAGGGAAUGGCCGGACAGCGAUAGCCUACCCAAUCACGGCGGCGAAGUCGGCCACGACAGCGGCGGAAAUAAACCAGCGCGGUACAGUACGCCUAAGGCUGUGACUGCAGCCCUGGGUUCCGUCUGUCCAUUGGAGGAAGUCGCGGCAGCACCGGAAGAUGCGGAGCGGGAGGUGACCGAGGGUGUGUUGCCGUUGCCUCCAGUACCGGGCCCCUCAGCUCAUGUUGAAAUCAGCAGCUCCUUAGGCUCAGGUGCCGUGUGGAGAGACUUGGAGAGUUUUACGGAGGGGUAUAUGGGCCUUAUGGAGGGGUGCGAGGCGAUUGUCUCUCAGGAGGGCAGCGAGGAUGCUGGCGGGGGUGUCGGCUCUGGUGCUAUGGUGGCAGCGGGCCAUGGUGGCAGCGGGUCCCGCAGCGGCGGCAGCUCCAGGGUUGAUAUUGCCAGACUGGAUCAGCAAAUGCGCGUGGUGACGCGGUCAGUGGCGGUGUCUGGCGCCGGGGGGGAGGUUGAGGCCGCGGCAGCAGGCAGCAACAGCGGUGCCACCGCUGCGGCGGUGUCCGUGCCGUCGUAUGUGGCCUCCGGACCUGUCCCUAACGCGGCGGGGAUCAGCGUCGACUUGACGCGCGACGCAGUGGCUCCAGCCGCCGUGUUUGCCGCUGCUGCUGCUGCUGCGGCGGCGGCGGCGGCCGGUCGUAUGGACGACAGCAGUGACGACGGCGCGCCGGGCCGGGACCACCACCGGGCGUACCGCUUGCUGCGGUCCCUGUCUUCGCAGGCACCCCAACACGCUUUCCCGCACCAGCACCAACACCGGCAGCAGCUCGCGCCAUACCCAGUCUCCACUUCCCAGCCUGCACCCGUGCAUUCACCACCACGUCUUCACCCCACUCCAGACUCCCACACCCAGAUCCUUCCUGGGGUUCAUGAGACCGGACGAUACCCUAUAAGACCUAGCCAACAGGACACAAACGCCCAGCUAGCCUCGCAGCCUUAUCAUAUCCGCCAACGCCACCAACAACAACGCCACCACAACGACGGGCUACAGCAAUUAUGGUCUUUGGGUAAUGGGGCUCCGAAUAGCACCGUUUCCAACGCGGCGGCCGUGGCUGCUGUGCAGGCACGGCGGCCUGCCUAUGUGCCGCGUGUGCGCAUCAUGACGACCCACAUCAAGGUGCAGGGCGCCCAGCCGGACCAGCUGCAGAGCGGCUUCACGCAGCGGCUGGAGCACGUCGCAUCUGCUGCGGGGCAGCAGCUUAUCGGGGUGUAUGUGCGGUCGGGCUGCAUUGAACUGGUGCUGGACUCUGCCGAUUGGGGUGAGUGCAAGUCCAGCGAGGGUGCCGAGUCCUCCGAGGGUGCUGAUUCGCUUCCGCUGGAGCGAGCUCGUGGUCGGGACAGCGGCCCGCUCCCGGGGGCCCUGCAGGCGCGCCCGCCCGCGCAGCCGCCCUUCUGGUCGGCUCCCAACACGCCCUCGCAGCUGCAGCGCCAGCAGCAACAGCGGCAGGCCCUGCUUGCCCAGCGACUCAUACAGCCGCUACAGCAGCAGGAGCAGGAGCAGCAGCCGGCCCCGGGUGUGAUCCCGGUGCCGGUAUCCCUCUUGGCGGCCCCCCCUGGAGACGCCGUUGGCAGCGGCAGUCGCGGCAAUGCCGCCGCUGCAUGUACAAGUCUGUCACCUGUACCGGGCUGGUGUGGUGGGCCCACCGUAACCGCCGGGCAGGGCUAUGGGCAUUCGCAGGGCAGCGGCAACGGCGGCUUCGGCAGCAAUGGUGGUAAUAAUGAUAACAAUAAUAACAACAAUAAUAAUCUCCAUAACAGCGGUGGUGCCGGCGCAGAUUUGGAUCUAGGUGCCGUGAUUCGUGCGCUGAGGCUGUAUCGUACAGAUGGUUCUGCUGAAUCCACAAACGACCUGGCUUCUGGCCUGGAUCUGGAUCUGGAGUACGGCGAUCCUGUCGAUGUGAUUGCGUCAGGGCUGAGCAGUGGCGGCUCUGGUGGAGAGGCGAGCAGCAAGGAGGGGCCGAUUGGGGCUGGUGGCGGCAGCCGCUGCACCACCGUUAUGCGCUGUCGUCAUUCAGGCGUGGAGGCGGCGGAGCUGGCGGCGGAGGCGGAGGUGGAGGCAUCGAGCCCCUCAGCCCUGCCGCGCUGGGGCUCGCCGCGACCGGUACUGGCGGAGGAGCCAUCGCCACCACCAGCUUACUACAGCAGCUGCAGCAACAGGGUAGGCGGUCUUCCUGCGGUGGCAGCGGCAGCGGCCGCGGCCGUUCCUCCCGUACCUGUUCAUCCCGGUGCCCUCCCUGUGGCGGAUCUGGAGUUCACGAUGCGCGCCCGGGGGGAGUACCUGCCGCUGCGUGCCGUUCGGCUGCCUGCCAUUUCAACGGCGGCAGCUUCGGAGCUGCCUAUGCAAGUUGGUAGCGCCGGCCCUAUCGCCGCCGUACCGCUGAUGGCGUCUUCUGCUUUCAGCGGCGCUGGGCUGUCUGUGGGCCUAGGACUGGGAGCUGCAGGUGUUGGCGGCGGCGGUGGAGGCGGCCUUACAGGGGGCGAGGUGGACUCCAGGGAAGAUACCAGCAGCGAUAUCGACACGGGCAGUCGCCACGGCGAGGUUGGGCGGGUGCGGGAAGCGACUGCAUGGAUGUGGUACGAGGUGUACGGCUUGGAGCUUCUGGAUCCACCCCAGUCCCCCGGCCUGCUUCUGGCGGACGUACGCGGAGGUGGUAUCGGCGGUUCCGGAGCCCCCCGUGCGGUGCCCCUGGUGGCGGUGGAGGACCCGGACACGGCAAUGGAGCUGCAGGCACGUGGGCUGGGUGCCGUAGCUGAGCGCUGGGAGGGCAGUCCCUCGGAACUGGAUGACCUGCUGCUGGACCUGGGCACUUGGCUCCACCACGUGGCCCUCCAACCGCCUCGUCAACCAACCCAACCAACUCAACCGCAACAAUCACAACUAAUGCCAUUCGCGAACUCAGGACCGUCGGUGAUGGCGGGGCAGGUGGCUGGGGCCGGCAGGUUGGACGAGCGGCUGGUGGCUCUGGGCCGGCACCUGCUGUGGUACGCGGAGGUGUGCGGAUGGCGGGCCACUGCGGCAUCUUUGAAGGCGGACUUUGCAAAGCACGGCAUCAUCAUACCUACGCAAGGCGGCAUGAUCGGCACCGGACUCCAGGCCCCGCCAUCCGCACCCGCUCCUACCGCAGCAGCCCCUGGCAGCAACGCCACCAGCAUUGCGCAGCAGCAAACGCAACAAACGCAACUGCUCCGGCGGCGGCCGCGGUUGCAGAUGACGGCGGCCGCGGCCGCCACCUCCCCUGCCCCCGGCGGCCGGGGAGUCCGGGUGACCGGGGCCGCGGGCCCCAGGGGAUCCUUGCUACUGCAGCAGCUGGCGCUACAGCUCCCGGUGGUGCCGCUGCCCCUGCGGCAGCUGGUGCGGGCUGUUGGGAGCGGCAGGUCGGGUCCCCCUGGAGCGCAGCAGCGGCCCCCGUGUGGUGGUGCUGGUGAUGCAGGUAGUGCUGCUGCUGCUGCUGGUGGUGAUCCGGAGCUAAGUGAGGCUUGUCGGCGGGAGCGGGAGUCUUUUCGGGCGUUUCAGCAGGAGUACGGAUCACGGCAGAUCUGGCUCAUCAUGUUGCUAGAUGUGAUGUCACUUGCCGUACUGCUGUUCCGGGGGCGGGAGGAGGCCCUCUGGGCUCCCUCCAAUGUCGUAACGCUCAUCGCAUGCGCCACCGGCGCCUUCACGGCGGCGGCACGGCUCGUACUGCCGUACCAACAGUGGUUGCACCUGUCGGAGGUUCCCCGUCAUGUGUGCUACUGUGUGACGAAGGGCCUUAUCGGACUGGCUGGCUUCCCCUUCCCCCCGGGUAUCACCUCCUACGAGUUGGGGCUGCCUGGGAUCAUAUUUGAGUCGGUCAUCGUGCCCUGGUCAUGCCUGCUUUCCGUCCGCGACGCGGUGGUGGUCGCCCUGGUCAAGCCCGGGUCUGGCACUGAUGCGAGGCGGCUGCAGCGACAGGGGCGGCAGCAGCAGCCCGGAGCACCAGCAGCAGCGGAGGUGGGCGCGGGGUCGGGAGCGGGAGGGAGCAAGGGAAAAGCUAGGCAGCGUGAGGAAGGUAGUGACGAAUGGAUGAGUGGUGGCGUCGUCGGCGGAAGUGGUGACGGGCCUGCGGCACAGCCGCUAAAGGACACCAAGUGGGAAUGA